GAUUUCAGCUAUUAAUACUCAAAAUUAGUAGAAUCAAAAGAUAAUACUGUUUAGGUUGCAUUUGUUUCCAAUGAUUAAAAUCUUUUUCUAAAAUUUGGAUACGUCUGAAUGGAGGAUUCGUUUUGUAAACCGAUAUACGCUCCCUGGCGGAAUCAAACCUUUUGUGCAAUGAGAAAACAUUUAACGGCCUACCAAAGUUAUGUUCACUAAAUCCCAAUAAUGGUGGCGCUGUUUCAGUGAGUGUUCAAAUCUUGAAGCGCCUCCCAUACCACGAACUGGGGGGAAACACACCCUAUUUAUCCAUGGUUGUUGCAACAUGUCCAGUAGGAUUUUAUACUAAUGGCGCUUUUAAGAUGCAUAUUUAAGCAUUCGGGACAGGAUUAAUUUUAAUGCAAUAGUUAACCGCUUCGGUUGGUCGCUUGAGUUGGGAUUUUCAACCUACAGCAAUCAUGUUCUGCAGAAACCAAACUUCCAGAGCCACUGUGGCCCGUGGAUCCGCGAUGGAGAUGGAGGUGAAGAGAGGCCGGUUCCGCCUGAGCGUGCUGGAGGAUUCCGCACAGGACUGCGAGGUUCAGAGACGGAUCGAGAGAGAGGUGAGGAUCAGAGAAGGGGCCUGUAAGCUUUUAGCUGCAUGUUCUCAGAGAGAUCAGGCUCUGGAAGCUUCCAAGACUCUCCUCACAUCCAACAGCCGCAUACUGGCCCUCAUGACCCAGCUGCAGCGCAUGAAGGAAGCCCAGGCCAUGCUGAGAGCAGGACGGAGGUCAUCUGAUGGAGGGUCUGUUGAUGAGCGAUUACCUUGUACUGGAAAAGUAGCCAUUUCAGAUAUUCGUAUUCCUCUCAUGUGGAAAGACUCCGAGUAUUUUAAAAACAAAGGAGAGCUGCACCAGUGUGCCGUGUUCUGUUUGCUGCUGCUGGGGACAGAGAUUCAUGAUACAGAUCUCGUAAUAGUGGACAGGACGCUCACAGACAUCUGUUUCGAUGAACCAGUGAUAUUCACUGAUGUACCUCCAGGCUUUGACCUGCGGGUGGAGCUCUACAGCUGCUGUGUGGAGGAGGAAUUCAGCAUGGGCUUCUCCACUCGGAGGCUGAGCCGGCUGGGAAGUGCCUCCAGUAAGAAGUUCAUGGCAACUUUCGAGACAGCAGCUUCCUGCAGUUCCCACAGCAGCAGAACCGGCUCACCCGGAGGAGAAUCGCCGGUUCUGCUGCCUGCUCUGUCUGUACGGGGCCCUAAAUAUCACCGCCUGGCCCACACAUCUCUGACCCUGUGCCACGUACAGAACUCUUUCCGAACACAUGACCUGACAAUAUCAGACACAGAGGACUCUUCAUUCUGGUUGCCGCUCUAUGGUAACAUGUGCUGUCGGCUCGUGGCCCAGCCUCUCUGUAUGACUCAAGUUGUUAUGUGUGGAAAACUCAGAAUUCGGUCAGAGAGCAAUCCUGAGGACUGGAGAGAUGUCCACAGUGUCCUGAGUGGGUCCGAUUUAAAAUGUUACCAGCAGCAAGACGAUACAGAUUCUUUAGAGACACCACUGUUCACUAUUCCCAUUAAUAAGGACACCCGUGUGCGUGCCACAGAGAGAGAUCCGGCUCUACAUACUCACACUAUCGCCAUAACAAACCAGAGUGGUAUUGAGACCACAUACACAAUUGUCACGCACACAUCUGAAGACACACAUAACUGGAUGGAAGCCUUCUGGCAGCAUUUCUAUGACAUGAGUCAGUGGAAACAGUGCUGUAAUGAGCUCAUGAAGAUUGAGGAACCUUCUUCAAAGAAAAUGACGGUGACAUUAAAACAAGGCUCCCUGUAUCAUGAAAUGGUUACGUCUCCAUCCACCCAUACCAGGAACCAUCUGCAACCCCUGAACAGACCUGUUUCUUCUGAAAUCCAAAGCCUGCUGUCCACCUAUUAUAAUGACAGAUUUAUGUCAGUGGGAUGAUGGUUUGCUGGACGGAUCCUGCUUGGAGAUGAAUGUAAUCCAGAGAAGGUUAAGCUAAGUAUCCAGCCCUUAGCGGUUUGUUUCACAGAAGCGUUUUAUGAUGCCUACACACCGUUUCUCGACACCUGAAUGAAAUCAUGGCCUCUUAGCGCUGAAAUGUCUAUUCAACUGUCUUCCUGUUUGGAAUGUUAAGUUGGACUGGUUCUUCCUGUUCUGAAGACAAAUGCCAAAACCUCAGAGUAUAAAUAUCAUUGAUAAUUACUCUGAAAUUAUUACAUUAGAAUUUAGUCAUCAAGGUUUGUUCUUCCCAGGAGAAUUGCCAUUAUGUUUCUUGUUAAUGCCUUUAACACUAUAUCUCCUCCCCACCCAAGUUUAAAUGGCAUUGCAUUCCACAGCAAUAUGCUGUUUUAUAUCAAUAAAACAAACUCUCAUUCUUAAUCAGAAUUACACGCUGUAGUUUACCUGAAAUGAACUUUUAAUUACAUUUGCUCCGAACAUUGAAAAUAUAUUUCAUGCUACCACUGAUCAGUUUUAAACAUCUCACUUUUUCAGUCAGAUGUUGAAUUCUCAGUUAUGUCUCAUUAACAGAAAGUAUUAAAUAUAGCCGUGUAAAAUUUCUUUUAUAUUACGAUUUAAUAUUACGAUUAAGAUGACUUGGCUCAGAAUUUGCUGACAGAGGAAUUUAUUUGAGAGAAAUGCAUGAAUGUAUUUUGAGAUGGUAUUGCAGUAAAUCCGAGGACAAUUUUACUUUAUUAAAGUGGUAGUUCACCUAUAAAUGAAAAAUGUCAAUUUUACAGUAUUUCAUUAUUUGUUUUUUUAAAUGAGGUCCACUGUAUUUUAUGACCCCGAUUUUCCUCAAAAUAUAAAUAGGCUAUACAUUUGUUUGUGUGUGUGUGUGUGUGUGUUUUUACUAAAGUCAAUAAUGACUUUAAAAGAAAUCAGUGAACUUUCCCUUUAAGAUCGUGUGUAAGUUUGCUUGGGUUUUUUUCUCAGAUGAAACUCAAGUAAACAUCUCAUUUUGAUCCCCAUUCAAUCUCAUUGCUGUCUGAAAGAAACAGUUGUUCUUACGUGACGUAUGGUUUUGUUGGGCAGAUGAGGUUUAAAGCAGACGUGAAUGAAAACUUACUCACUGGCCGUUGUCUAGUCUUGCAGAUUCAUCUUCAGUUGGCACUUUGGAUUGUUUUACUCAUUUGCAAACAAUGAGGAAAAGAUAACCUCGAAUAGAACCUGUUCUCCUGUUUCCUUCAUUAAUAGUUACCUGAGUGGAAAAUAUGUCACUAUACAAAUAGAAACAGAGAUGACUUGGAAUUAAAUUAUGUAAAAGUCUUUGUUAUUGUGGUAUGUUUUACACUCUUAGGAGAAGUUGUUAAUUAGAUCUUGAAAUAACAUGCUGAAAACUGUGUUAAAAUAAGUCCAUCCAUCAUGUUUACAAGCAUUCAUUUGUAGUGGUGCUUGCCAGACUGUGAAGAGGUGAAAUGCGACAGUGUUGACAUGUUUGUUUGCAGGGGCUUUGGCAAUACUUGUGUUGUCUGCCUUUUUCAUUGUGCUUGUCCACACUUAUCCAACCAUAUAUUUAAAGUCACACUCUGCAGUAAUAACAUCAUUUUGUUGCUUUGAAAAACCUGUUUUUCUUAUAAAAGAAUAGCAGCUGCGCCAAACUGCAGGAAAUAUUUGGACACUUAUGGUAUGAAAGGUUUUUCAACAGAAGCAAAAUAUCAAACCAACUACCCUAGUAAAAAAGUGACAUAUUUAAAAAUACUAUAAUUCAACUUUAUUUGGAGUACUGCUUGUGUACAAUGCGUAUUUCUUCUUAUUAAGCAUAACGUGUUUUAAUGUCACUAUUGAUGAGGGUUUUAUGAUCUUUGAAUAAUGUCGGUCUUUAAAUGCAAGAUAUUUAAAGUGUAACUGAAGUAUACUUGGAAUAGUUCCACUUUAGCACAGUCAAAUAUACUUCAGUGUAUCUUUAGUUGGACAU